AUGGACUACGACUCCAUCCGCACGCCCGACGCGUGCUACGCCGACUUUUGUCUCAUCCCGGUCGGGACCGGCACCGCCUCCGUGGCACGAGAAGUCGCGCGGGUGCAGCGCGUCCUGGAAGCAAGCGGGCUCAAGUACACGCUUCACUCGGCGGGCACGACGGUCGAGGGCGGCUGGGACGACGUCAUGACGGCCAUUGGCAAGGCGCACGCGGCCGUGCAUGAGGGGGGCGUGGCGAGGGUGCAGUCGAGCGUGCGCGUGGGCAGUCGGACGGACAAGAAGCAGACGGCCGAGGACAAGGUCAGGAGGGUGGAGGACUUGUUGGGACGGGACGAGGGCGUUGGGCGUUGA